UCUUGACGGAUUGUAAUUUUUGCGGCAGCAACGGUCCAAAAUGCCAACCAAGUAAAAGACCAAAACAAAGACCGACCCAAACAAAGCAAAGCACGGCUUGGAUUAGAUUUGGGUUGAUCGAUCGGGGAGAGUCUUCUAUCAUCCAUCAUAUCCAUUCUAUCUUAUUAGCUAUCUUAUUAGUUUCUGAAGUAGACAAGAUGCUAGGCUGGGCGAGUAGCCAAUUUGAAAAGCUAUCUCAAACGGUAGCACCUCCUCCUACGGAUGGCAACAGUCGAUUUGUCUAUGCCGUUCAAAAGGGCGAUGAAGAUGGCGCCAUGGCGUGUGUGUCGGAAAUGGACGACGUCGCACGCACCAAAUUGAAUCCAACCCGGGGUUCCUACGCGAUUCACUUGGCGUGUCAACAGUGCAUGGAUCGCCUGAUUCGGUAUUUACUCCAACAACCCGGUGUCGAUUUGACAUACAUGGAUAGUGCCGGCAAUACGCCGUUGCAUUAUGCCUGUUUGUCCACCGACACUUUGCGCGCUUUGCCGACCGUCAAAUUGUUGGUGACAGAAUUGGGUGCGUCCGUCGUCGCCAAGAAUAGUUUGGGUCAAACCCCGUACGAUGUGGCGACGGUCAAUUCCGUACGACAAUUCUUAUUGCCACUCCAGUUGCAACAAGAAACGCAAGCGGCCAUUGACAAUGGCGGCGUUGGAUUGCCACCCGGGAUUGAUAUGGGAGGAUUGCGCAUUCGAAAUCCCGUCGCGCCACCGCCGCCGAUACGUCCCGCGCCCAUGUCCUCACCGGCGCCCACGCAUUCCAUGUUACAACAGCAAGAUGGCGGAGUGGCACCGACAUCCGGGGGCUACGCAUUGUCGGGAUCCUCGUCAGCCCAUACGGCCGUCAUGAAGGGAUUUCGAAAACCCGAUGGAUUUCAUUCCUCGUCAUCGGACGCCAAUUUGCAAAAGAAAUACGGACACUACCAAUCAUCUCAAUACGCCAAUAUUGCGCCCCCGCCCGCAUCGGGAGGAGCGCCCAUUGCAAGUGCGUUUGCUGCAGGCGGCGGCAACAAUCCAUUUGCCGGAGGAGCCGCCGCCAAUCCGUACAGUGGACGCGCCAAUUCCCGUUAUGUCGCCUACGAUGCCGUCUCCAAUACCACCUCGCCCAUGCCAAUGGCCAUGCCCAAUCAACGAACCAUGUCGGCACCCAAUACUGGUACCGCCAAUUAUGGAGUGUUUCAACCCGGUGGUACGACUACUACGCCACAGCAGCAACAGCAACAGCAACCAGCCAUGGCGGCGUUUGUCACACCCCAAAAGGAGCAGCAGCAACCACCGCAACAAGGAGAACAACAACAACUGCCAGCGGGAUGGAAGGAAGUUACCGAUCCAGCAUCGGGACGACUCUACUAUUACCAUGAAACGGAUGGAACCACGUCGUGGGAAAAACCUACAGCUGCCGUAACCGCACCAAUCGUUGUAGCAACCACACCCGAACCAACACCCGUGGCGGCGAAUACUACCACAGAAGAAGAAGAAUUAUUGCCGGGGUGGAAGCCAGCCACGGAUCCAACGUCGGGACAGGUAUAUUAUUACAAUGAACUCGAUGGUACCACUUCGUGGGAAAAACCAGUGGCACCAACUGCCACGGCGCCAGCACCGACAGCAACAGAGGCUACCACGACGAUGGAACCAACUACUAGUACAGAGCCAACACCAUCGCAACUCCAGCAACCACAGGAAGAACACAAGACAGAAGUUGCCGCGGAGCCAACCGAAGGAGCAAAACCGGAAGGGGGAGAAGUCAAGCAGGAAGAGACAAAGCCAGCUGAAGAGCCAAAACCGGAAGAGGUCAAGCCGGUCGAAGAAGCAAAAGCCGAAGAGGAAAAGGCACCCGAAGAGGUCAAGCCGGUCGAAGAGCCAAAACCCGAAAAGGAGGAAAAGACUGAAGAGGAAAAACCUGCAGAAGCGACGGAUGCCUCGUCUGCUCAACCAGCUACUACUGCUUCUGCCUUUGAAACCCCCGCUCCUACGUCUGCUGCUGCAGAGGUCCCUCCACAACAAUCUGUGCCUCCGGCCCUGCUGGAAGGAUGGCAUGAAACUCACGAUCCGUCAACCGGACAGGUUUAUUAUUAUCAUGUGGAUGGAAGGACCUCGUGGGAGAGACCAGUUGCACCAGAACAGAAACCUGUGGAGACCAUUCCUCAGCCGCUUCAAGUUGACCCCAUCACGACACCUGCGAAAAUCGAUCCAGUCACCACGGCAUUCUCGCCGUCGACAACGGCUGCGGCCGCCAUGGCAUUCGGGACACCGGCUGCGCAACAAAAUAGUGCCCAACCACCCCAAGGAGUCAUUAGCUUUAGUAGUGGAGCCCCCACGGUGCUUUCACCUUUGGCCGAGGGACAGCCACCAGGUGCCGCGACACCGGCUGCGAGCAAUAUCUUUGCGGCGCCGCCAUCGGGAGGAAUGACGCCGUUCGGUGGGGUUGCGUCCUCCGAAGUCUUUUCGUCGCCCACUAUGCCAUCCCAGGCAGCAAUCAGCAAUGACAUGAGAGCAUCUACGGAGCCAAAUGUGGCUUCUGCUGGAGCCUUUUCUUCCAUCCAGAAAGCACCGAACAGUGGUGCGGCGGAUUUGUUUGCAUCGCCUCCGUCCGGAGGCGUUUCUUGGUCUUCUGCUGCGAAUACUACCAUGGCAGAUGCUCCUGCUGUAGCACAACCUGCAGCCGUUACGUUUGCGCCAGCCACCAGUGGCCACGUCUCGCCCAUGCCGAACCAGGAGGCCAAGCCGGCUUCUGCCGCGGAUCUCUUUUCCGCGCCCGGUGCCAGUGCAAACAAUGUGUUCUCCACCGGUGGUCACGUGUCGCCCGUUCCAAAUCAGCAGGCGAAACCGGCAUCAGCCGCAGAUCUCUUUUCAGCUCCUAGCACUGAGUUUUCCACUGGUGGAAAUAUUUCGCCUGUCCCAGCAACAACAAAACCUGCAUCGGAUAUCUUUUCGGCGCCCAAUGCAAACGAUGCACCACCAAUGUCCGUGCCCCAGCCUGCUGCUGCGUCAGCUUUCUUUUCGGCGCCUGGUACAAGCAAUCCACCAAUGGCAAGUGGUCACGUCAUGCCAAAUCAAGAGGCCAAACCAGCCUUUGCAACGGAUGCCUUUUCAGCACCACCAGUCACAACAACGAACCCCACGCCCGUCACGGCGUUUGCAACCCCCGCGCCCGUAGCGGAUCCCUCAGCUGCCUUCUCAAUGCCCCCGCCUGCGGUUGCCUCGGGCCCUGCUGGGAUGAGUCCUUUUGCAAGUGUUGCUCCCAGUAACAAUGGUGCUGCAGCCAAUGCCUUUGCGGCCCCUCCGUUUGGAGGCACACAUCCCAUUGUAGACCCUGCAUCCGCGACUCCACCGGCUCCGGGAAUGCCAGCAGAACAAGUGUUCUCUGCGCCAACAACUCCUGCAGCAGCCACGACGGAAGCGCCCAAGACUCCCACUGCUCAUGACGGCGACUCGUGUGGAUCCGAUGAUGAAAUGAUGGACGACGUGCCACUCUCACCCAAAACGCCUCAGCAAGCCGUCCCGUUGGCCCCGAAUGUUGUUAAUGUUGCCCCGCCCACAGAUAUGUCAUUUCCUCCUCCGCCCAUGAACCAGGCUCCGGCACCCAUGCCUGCGACCCCGGGAGCCGAGUCUUUGUUUGCGGCGAUUGGGAUGCCCCCACCCCCAUUCUCGGCCAAGAAAUAAUAUUGAACACACCCAAAGAAAAGAAAAACUGCUAUCGAGUUGGAAAGGAGAGGGGAAGUAUUAUAUGAUAGAUAAUUAGUUAAUAUCUAGCGUAUCUG